AUGCAAAAUUGCAUUUUCUGCACCUCUGCACGCACUCCAGCUUGUCAUCCUGCAAACCUGUCGCUUCAAGCUCGCCCUGCAAAGGAAGGUGAAUACGGUGCCACGCAUGGCAGACUUCGCCCCCAAUUUCGACGGCAUCCAGGUCUGUUCAGUGCUCAGGCGCAAGGAGUGACAGUCACUAGCAGGAGCAUUGCAACCGGAGCGGGGCCAAGCGACACCCCUCCUGAAGCGCCGAUUUCUGGGUUCAGCGUCCGACCAUUUUUGCAACUCGCACGUCUAGACAAGCCAAUCGGAACAUGGCUACUGUAUUGGCCGUGCGCAUGGUCGAUCACCCUUGCGUCACAAUACGUCGACGCACCAGUCAGCGUAGCGGCGUCCAACAUUUUACUAUUUGGAGUCGGUGCAGUUGUGAUGCGCGGCGCAGGCUGCACGAUCAAUGACAUGUGGGACGCCAAGAUGGACAGGCUAGUAGAGCGAACAAAAUCGCGGCCCAUCGCAUCGGGCCAAGUCUCGCACUUUCAGGCGCUUGUCUUUCUUGGCGCGCAGCUCAGCACUGGACUCGCCGUGCUGGUGAACCUCAACACAUACAGCAUUCUGCUAGGCGCAUCCUCCCUCAGUCUCGUGACCAUUUAUCCGUUGAUGAAGCGGAUCACCUAUUGGCCGCAGUUCGUCCUUGGCCUCGCAUUCAAUUGGGGUACUCUUCUCGGCUGGUCAGCAGUCGCGGGGAGCUGCAAUUGGCCGAUCUUGCUGCCCAUGUACGCUGGCAGCGUCGCUUGGACGCUUGUCUAUGACACGAUCUAUGCACACCAGGACAAAGUUGACGAUGUGACGGCUGGCGUCAAGUCCACUGCGCUUCUGUUCAGCGAGCAAACCAAGCCGAUUCUCUCCGCCUUCUCGACCAUCUUUCUGAGCAGCAUGGCGUUCUCUCUGCUCUUCCAAAUGGCCGUCCUGUCGGAACACCCAGCGUUCUUUGCGGCGCUUGGUGCAGCUGGUGCGCAGCUUGCGUGGCAGGUCGGCACGGCCAAUUUGGACAGUCGAGCGGAUUGCUGGAGAAAAUUUGUCAGCAACCAGUACCUCGGUCUGCUCAUCUGGCUCGGUUUGGCGGUGGACUAUGGUCUUCACAUUUGGAAGUUGCAAGGCGAGGAGGCAAUGGAGGGCCAUGUAGAAGACUCAAUUAAGGGUCGUCCUCGUUUGGUGUAG